AUGAUCCGGGGUAAAAUUUCCACUAUCGCCUCCUCGCCGCUGAAGGUCGUCCGAUCAAGAACCGCACUGAUCAGAGCUUCGUAUCCCGUACGAAUGGUCUCUUCGCUGCAUCACGCGCCCACAGCGGCGGAAGAAGAUGCUCGGUUCAAAGCAGACAUCGAGGAAGUCGAAAACUGGUGGGCGUCACCGAGAUUCAAGGGUAUAAAACGAACGUAUUCGGCUACGGACGUUGUUAGCAAACGGGGGACUCUUCCACAGACGUAUCCGAGUUCGCAUCAGGCGAAGAAGUUGUUCAGUUUGUUGACCGAGAGGGCGGCGGAGGGGAAGCCGGCGCAUACUAUGGGCGCAAUUGACCCCGUACAAAUGACACAAAUGGCCGAAAACCAAGAGAUCCUAUACGUCUCUGGCUGGGCCUGCUCGUCGGUCCUAACCACAACGAACGAAGUAUCUCCAGACUUCGGUGAUUACCCUUAUAAUACAGUUCCAAACCAGGUUCAACGGUUAUUCAAAGCCCAACAGUUGCAUGAUCGAAGACAUUGGGAUGCGAGACGAAGCAUGACACAAGAACAGAGAGCGAAUACGCCUUAUAUUGAUUACAUGAGACCCAUUAUUGCAGAUGCUGAUACGGGACAUGGUGGGCUCAGCGCUGUUAUGAAGUUAGCGAAGUUGUUUGCAGAGAAUGGUGCGGCUGCGAUUCAUCUUGAAGAUCAGAUGCAUGGUGGGAAGAAGUGCGGCCAUCUCUCAGGAAAGGUUCUAGUCCCAACUGGAGAACAUAUCAACCGCCUACUCGCCACCCGUUUCCAAUGGGAUGUGAUGGGAUCCGAAAACUUGGUUAUUGCCAGAACCGACUCCGAGUCUGGCAAACUACUGUCGAGCACCGUCGACUUCAGAGAUCAUGAAUUCGUUCUCGGUGUCACAAAGGAUACCAAGCCUCUUGCAGAGGUUCUUGCCGAAAUGGAAGCCAACGGACGUAGCGCCGAAGAUAUCAAUAAGACUGAACUCCAAUGGGUUCAAGACCACAAAUUGGUGACCUAUACCGAAGCUGUCAGCGAAGAAAUGAAGAAAUCCGGAAUCCUAGAAGGCGAAAUCAACGCUUUCGUAGAAAAGGCGUCGAAGAUGUCAAACUACGACGCAAGGAAGCUUACAAAGUCAAUUUUGGGACACGAUAUCUUCUACUCAUGGGAUAUCCCACGAACCCGCGAAGGUUAUUACCACUUCAAAGCCGGUGUUCCAGCCGCCGUCAAGAGAUCCCUCGCCUUCGCUCCAUACGCCGAUCUACUCUGGCUCGAGACCAAAAAGCCAGAUGUCGACCAAGCCGUUGGAUUUGCCAAACAGAUUCGGGAUAUCCAUGAAGGGAAAUGGAUGGUUUAUAACUUGAGCCCCAGCUUUAACUGGUUGGGUGAAGGUUUUAACGAAGAGAAGUUGAGGAAUUUCAUCUGGGAUCUAGCUAAGGGCGGAUUUGUCCUGCAAUUAAUCUCGCUCGCAGGACUUCAUUCCGGCGCCACCAUCACCUGUGAACUCUCGAGACGAUUCAAGACAGACGGCAUGUUGGCAUAUGUAGAUUUGGUUCAAAGAAGGGAGAAGGAACUCAAGUGUGAUGUCCUUACACAUCAGAAAUGGAGCGGCGCUAAUUAUUUGGACGGUAUCCUAUCUUCAAUUGCAAGCGGGAGCUCGAACACGAGCUCUACAGGGAAGGACAGCACCGAACAUAGCUUCUAA